AUGCUUGGUCUACCCGAUAUUCACGAUGAAUGUAACGUAACAAUGGCACGUACUAAGCAGACCGCUCGGAAAUCCACCGGUGGUAAAGCGCCGCGUAAACAACUGGCCACCAAAGCAGCCCGUAAGAGCGCACCAGCAACCGGCGGUGUUAAGAAACCACAUCGCUACAGGCCCGGUACCGUCGCUCUCCGUGAGAUUCGUCGCUACCAGAAGAGCACCGAGCUCCUCAUCCGCAAAUUGCCGUUCCAACGUUUGGUGCGUGAAAUCGCUCAGGAUUUCAAGACCGACCUCCGCUUCCAGAGCUCCGCCGUGAUGGCCCUUCAAGAGGCUAGCGAAGCUUACCUAGUCGGGUUGUUCGAAGAUACCAACUUAUGCGCGAUUCAUGCAAAACGCGUAACCAUUAUGCCGAAAGACAUACAGUUGGCGCGCAGAAUUCGCGGUGAACGAGCUUAA